AUGAUCAAGUACCUCCGUUCUGCAGCUACAUACGGGCUGAUAGCUGUGCCACUGAGGGAGAUGGUGAGGGUAGGAGUGAGGGUGGCGAAGGACGAAAGCAAAAGGAUGUGGAUUGUGUUGUUGCUGCUAGGACUCCAGAUUCGGUCCUGGUUCCAUCUAGACUUGCUAGAGAACCUUGGACUGCUGAACCGCACAGCAUACAUCUCCAACCGCCGCCUUCUCAUCUCACUCGUAGACACAGCUUUCAACCAAGGCUACUCGGUGCCACCAGAGACUUAUAGUGCCAUCAAGGCUCCCAUAGGAGAGGUGGCUGUAUACCUCGUCUUGUAUGGGCGCUUCAACACUCCCUGA